AAGUCGUCAUGAAAUGGAAGUUGUGAUAGUCUUUUCUUCCCUAUUGUGAGGUAUAUCUGAGUGAAAUGGCUUCUCGAACUAGAAAAAUGUUGGGCAGAACUUCAUCCAUCGGAAAUUGAUUGGAGGCCACUGGAUGGUUGUGGUUUGCUAUUGGUUGAUCUCAUGUGAGUGACAGGUUGCUCCACCCUCACACCAGUAAACAUCAUGAGAGAAAGGUAGAUGUGUUUCUGUAAGACAAAGGGGAAGUUAUUUUGAUUAAAGAUUAUGAGGGCACAUGAAUUAAAAAAAAAAAAAAAAAAUGAUGUGCACAGAUAAAUCAUUCAUGAUCAAUUCUAUAACUGAUAACUAUAAUUGUCAACUAUGAUUUCAUGGUGACUUUAAAGGGUUAGUUCACCCAAAAAUGCAAAAAUGAAAAUUAUCCCAUUAUUUACUCAUCCUCAAGCCAUCCUAGGUGUAUAUGACUAUCUUCUUUCAAUAUGGAUACAUUUCUUACAGAAACGCAUCAAUUCGCUUAAAAAGGCCUUCAUUAACCCACUGGACCUGUAUGGAUUACUUUUAUUAUGGAUGGAUGCAUUUUAUUUUUGCUUCAAAAUGUGUAAAUUGUAAAGCUUUGAGGAGUAAGGAUAUUUUUAAAUAUAUCUCCAAUUGUGUUCAUUUGAAAGAAGAUAGUCAUAUACACCUAAGAUGGCUUGAGGGUGAGUAAAUCAUAGGAUAAUUUUCAUUUUUGGGUGAACUAACCCUUUAAAGUCACCAAGAAAUCGUAGUUGACAAUUAUAGUUAUCAAUUAUAGAAUUUAUCAUGAAUGAUUGAUCUGUGCACAUCUUUUUUUUUUUUUUUUAAUUCAUGUGCACUCGUAAUCUUUAAUCAAAAUAACUUUUUAGGGUGAACUAUCCCUUUAAGCAUAUAAAAGUUUUUUGAUCCACAUCAUAGAUGACAGCAUUCAAACUAUGUUGUAGCAAGAAAUUAAACUAACUGGAGAUAAAAUCAUAGCAGGUGGGUCUGCAUUAAUAUCAGCCCAUGAAUAUUUACGAAGAGGAUGGAAAGUUUGAGCUUUCAGAUCCUGCGUUCUGAUUGGUGGUGGUUGGGAUUUAUGAGCCGUCAAGCUCAGCUGAAGAUCUGUAUAAAGCUGAGGCUGUCAUCAACCUGAAACACAAACCCACAGAAUCAGCAGACGUCUCCUGUUUUGAUCUCCUGUGUUUGGUAUAAUUGCAGACAUGCUUCUGAAAAGUGGAUUUCUUUUGCUCUUCGUUUUGGCUGCAUCUGCGUUUGGAGCAGAUCAAGAACCUACACAACCAAGACGAGCACGAUUCUCAGCCAACAGCCCUACUGAGGUUGCCCGCUGCCUGAAGGGUGCUCUGCAGGUGGGCUGCUCCACCUUUGCAUGUCUGGAAAACUCAACCUGCGACACUGACGGAAUGCACGAGAUCUGUAACAUCUUCUUCCACACAGCUGCUUUGUUCAAUACAGAGGGUCAGACAUUUGUGAAAGAGAGCAUCACGUGCAUCGCCAACGGUAUCACCUCUAAGGUCUUCCAGACCAUCAAACACUGUUCCACCUUCCAGAAGAUGAUUGCUGAAGUGCAGGAGGAAUGCUAUAAGAAGCUUCACAUCUGCAAAGUGGCCCAAUCCAACCCUGAGGCCAUUGGUGAUGUGGUCCAGGUGCCCAGCCACUUCCCAAACAGGUACUACAGCACACUUCUGCAGAGCUUAAUGGAGUGCAACGAAGACACCGUGGAGGUGGUGCGGGCCGGGCUGCUGUCCAGACUGGGACCUGACAUGGCCACGCUUUUCCAGCUGCUUCAGAACAAGCCCUGCCCAUCUGAACCUGCUGCUGCCGGGCAUUCUGGGAUGAAGGGCCAAAACGGCUUCCGCUGGCCCAUAUUCAAGAUCCAGGCCAAUCUGCCCAACAGGGACCCCACUAACAUCAUCGCUAGGAAGCGCUCAAUUGAAGGAAGCUCUUAGAGUCGCACACGGCUCUCCAUUUGCAUCAUGCAUCACGCUGAUGUGUAUAAGUGGAAGAUGUUUAUUAGUGAUUAGUGCAUUAAAAAUGUAGUUUUAUUAAUGGGACACAACAGAAAUCUUUGCUUAGUUCACAAAAACCAACAACUACUUGAUUUUUUAACUGCAUUACAUUGAAUAUACAUGCCAAUGUUAUGUUUUAGACUUAUUUCAUUUUUGGUUUAUGGCCUUAUGCAAGAGAAUCUAAAUUGCGAUUGUGCAGGAUAUUAUGGAAAAAGGAAACCUGUCACUUUGACCAACUUGUAGUGGCAGGGCAGAAAUAUUUAUUAGUGUACACUGAAAAUAAUUUAUAUUUAUUUUUCCUACCAAAUGUAAUUUAUAUAGUUUAUUAUUGUUUAUUGUGAUCUGAGUCUGAAAUUCUUUAAGAGAUAGUGAGAGCGAAUACUACAUAUUUCUGGAUAUGUUUCAGAUAUGUUUCCUAUGCUGGCCAUGGGAAAUAUUAUACUAUACAUGAUUAUG